CCAAGCCGGGCACACCUUUCCGUACCACCGCGGUCCUCCAGCAUCUUUACCUUCUUGACGGCUUCCUCAAACUCGUUGUCUGCCUGUCAACUUUGACCCCCAGCCGCUCGGCAAAUGUCAUACUGCCAGCCAGAGGCCCGUGCUGCAGUAGUGGCGGACGUCAUAAGGGGGGAAUGAGCUGGAGUGGGGGGAAAAAUAACAACAUUAUUACGACUUUCACCGCAUCUCGGCUCUACGUGUCCGCGGGCCGAGCUCCACAUCCUCAUCGAGCCGUCGCCGCUGACACCAGCCCAGCCGCGUCCACGCGCGCUCAGCAUCGGAAAGAGCAAAUCGACGGUGACAGACAUGGGCAGGAACAUGAUGCUUCUUUUGAAGAUGUCUGUCCAACAAAGCGAGUGGCUUGUGACUACUACGAGGCCCAGAAGAUCCUGGGACUGAAGCACGCGUCCAUUAACACCAAUGGCCUGGACUGAGUUUCAGCUGGCCUGCUGAAGCCAUGGGGAGUUGUUGGAGCUGUCUUUACAGGGACCCCACCCGAGACAACCAUCUCACCAAAUUUAAGGUCGUUAAUGUGGACGAUGAAGGCAAUGAGCUGGGUUCUGGUGUCAUGGAGCUCACCCAGACCGAGCUCAUUCUUCAUACACGGAAGAGGGACGCCAUCAGGUGGCCAUACCUCUGCUUGCGCCGCUACGGCUAUGACUCCAACCUGUUUUCUUUUGAGAGCGGGCGCCGUUGCCAGACUGGGCAGGGAAUAUUUGCCUUCAAGUGCUCUCGGGCUGAGGAGAUCUUCAACCUGCUCCAGGAGCUGAUGCAAUGCAACAGCAUCAACGUAGUAGAGGAGUCCAUGAUGAUGUCACGCAGUGGUCAUACGCCAGAGAUGGAGAUGUCUCGCACUCCACAGACCCCCAACACUCCAGCAUUCCCCGGGCCGGCUUUUCCCAACGGAUACCCUGGUUAUCCUGUCAGAGGGGAUUCCUCCCAGCCUUCGCUUGCUGAGGAUCAUGGACACAAUCUGAUGGCCUUGGAAGACCAGACCCACACUUAUGUUAACACUGUUAGCAUGGAGGGGGAUCUUGCCAUGCGUCACUGUGUGCACUCCCUACCUGAAGUGCGGCCCAGCACAUUCACCGAAACGACACGUGUCGGGGGACAAACGAAUACACAGUCGAACCUACGCUGUUGUCCCCUCGAGGAACAUCAGGACCCCCAGGUGUUCCUACAACCGUCGUCGCAGGAGGUCAAGUUCAUGCUGGGUCCCACUCCAGCGCAGCGGCAUCUACUGCAAAGGGAACGGGAGCGCGAGAGAGAGCGGAUCACUCACGGCCCCCACAGCCUUCAGCCAGUAGAGGGCGCAACAGGCUCAGAGACAGAUGGCGACGAGCCCUCCGUGCACAUGUGCAACUCCCUCUCCUAUCACCAUUUCCAUCACCAUCCACACCGGCACCCGUGCCACGAGCACCCGGACAGCUGCCAAGGCGGCGAGCUCACCUACGAGAACAUCAACGGCCUGAGGAGCGGCCGAAAGCAGCGACUGAGUCCCAGCAGCGUUUCACAGUCGGUGGGCUCGAGCAGCAGCAGCAGCACCGGGGACAGUCACUCCCACGCCCUACUGCACCCGCACGGUCCAUCCUCACUUCCCUCGCCAGGCUAUGGCUGCGAGAGGCCUGCAGGCGGAGGUUACCGCCGUACGGCGCUGCUCAAUUACGAGAACCUGCCUUCGCUUCCCCCGGUGUGGGAGUACAGCGCCCUGCAGCGGGACGACGAGCAGGAAGAAGAUGAUGACGAGGCAGACGAGGAGGAGUACGAAGAGGAGGAGGAAGACUUUGACGAGUACGAAUUCUCGGAAGGCCCCGAGACGGCCAAUGGGUACCACCCGGAUGGGAGGGGUAUCCACAGAGACGCGCUUCAGAACUAUGUCAACACAGAGCAGGUGCAGCCGCCCAGGCUGCGGCACAGCUGUCCCCCACAUCCACGACCGUGUCAACCCGACAGAGGGGGACGCAUAUUUAGCUUUGAUUUCCGCAGACGCUCGAGGUCAGGGGUCGGCGUCUGCGAGCACGGGCACAUGCCUCCGUCACGGCAGCUGAACUACAUCCAGGUAGACCUUGAGGGUGAACCUUCCUGCCAAGGUCUCAGCGGCGGGGGCGGAGGCGGACAGCCGCACCAGCGCCUGCCACCCCCAAAAUGUGGCCCGCAGGUACCUCGGCGCAGUGAAUGCUACGCCGUCAUCGACCUGAAGAAGACGGCGGCCAUGUCCAACCUGCAAAAAGCUCUGCCCAGGGAUGACGGCACUUCCCGAAAGACUCGCCACAACAGCACUGACCUGCCUCUGUAAACCACUUUGACCAUGAAGAGCAGACGUGACGACAGAUGAAAGCCUCAUCCUCAUUUUAGCACACUGCACCCUUCAAUCGCAUCCAUCCAUUUCGACUGGAGCUGACUAAAACAGUACAGGUACCAGAUUAGAAACCUACUGUAUCUGUGCAAAUGAAAGGGAACCUCUUUGGGAGGAUUUUAUGCUGUUAUUUAUUAGCCGUAACGUGAAGUUCUUUGCGGAAUUUCACUUUCAAGUGCAAAUACUGUUUGCUAGGUGUAUAACGAGUGAGCAUAAUGACACCGUGCUGAGCAAUUAGAGCGGCGUCAUCUAUUUGGAGUGGAAGUAUCCAUUUUCAUUGUGCAAUUAUGAUCCACAAACCAUUUACAUUCUAUUGUUGCGUUCAUGUACUAACCCCGGUUUGCACCAUCCAUGUGACAGCUUCUCACUUCCUCGUGAGAGUGCAGACACGCACUGAAUGUGUGGCGGAACAUUUAUUUUUAAAUAUGUUUAUGGCCACGGUCCAUACCUUGUGGCUAAUGGUAACAGCGUAUUCAUUCUUAUAUGCCAGUAGUAGAGCAGUUUGCACACAAUCCUAUGGAAUUGUAUUUUUCGAGUUUUUGGGAGUUUUGACAAUCCCAAACAAAAAAAAGAAACAAAAAAACAGACAAACAACUGGGGUUGAGGUAUCUUUUGGAGAAUCCAAGUGAGCUGAAGGGACAAGUAGCACAAGUGAUUGCGGUGAGCCACGUCCCUCUCCAAAGUAGCAUAUUGCCCUCCAUCACAUCUUCAUCCACAGUGUUUGAUAAUGCACUUUUGAAUCCAGUGAAGACACUGUUUAUUUAAGCAUUCACUCCACCUGAGCCGCAGGUUUCUCAAUUAUUAGGGGAAAAAAAUACAAAAAAAAGAGGGGGGCGCAUAUUUCAUAUCCAGUAUUUGUAGUUCUUUAAACAUUUGGAAGAAACCUCACCGAGUGGCUAAAAUUGGGCAGAUUCUAAACUGCCCAUCAUCAGGUACGAAUGAUUCGCUUAGAAAAUAUUUGAAGUUAUCAUUUUGUAUCGCUAAUAACUGGUUAUCCUUAAUUUAGUAAUUUAUUUAUUGAUUCCAUUAUUUAUUAUUGACCUUAUUUAUGUCUAUUUUGGAUAUUUUCCAUGUAACAACCAGCAUUUUUUUCUGUAACCCAGGUAAUCUGGACACCAAAGUUUUACUUAUGACUGGUCGGUAUGUGAUUCUAUUUUAACAAAGAGAGACUUUAUUUUAAGUGCCAAAAAUGUAAAAGAAAAAAAAAAUAAAAAUCAAAGGUGCCAAUCGUGGGAAUCAAAUAGGGCUCUUGAAAUGUUAAGCAUGGGGAAGCAAACUUGAAAGCGAACGCAAUUCAUCUUUUUAAAGAUGGAUGCAAACAUUUUUUAAUAAUGCACAUUUCACCUCAUCCAUCCAUCUACCACCAUAUUGGAGUGAUGUAUGGAAAUGUUUGCUGCUACAUGUACAUACAAAUUACAUUCAUACAGUGGCCCAUGUAAAGUGACUGUCCUUGUCUUUAUGACAACCUGCUGUGUGUUUGCAACGUCAGAUAUUUAAGCAUACAUUGUUAGCUGCGCAGAGUAGAAUUGUCAUGUUUUAUGUAUUACAGUGGAAAUGUAGAAGUUCAGAAGUUUUACGCUUUGUGUUGUCCAAAAUUUUAUUCAUUUUAGGUGAAUUUACUGACAGGCAAGACUAACUCAUGCAGAACCUUGAAUCAUAUACACGAUACAUGCCUUUGUGCUACACCUUCAUAAGCCUUUAAAUGUUUUGUCGUUUUACAGGUACAAAUUCUGCCUUUCUUAAUUGGGGCCACAACCUUCCAAAAUACUUUGUUGGUGCAAGAGAAUUCAAACAGUGGAACCUCAAAAGUUGAAAGAAUCUGCACUGUGAUUGUAAUGGUGACAAUUGACAAAACGAGUUCAAUGCACCCCUUUUCAAAUGCCAAGACUUUGUGAUAUCAGAAAAUGAAAAUUACCAAUCAUCUAAAAACUAUUAAUCUGGGAUAAAAUGGCACAAAUCAGUUGGUUUAUUGUAAAUUUGCGAUGUUUUUUUUCCCCUUCCAGUGUUUUUCGUAAUGAAUUCAUUUCAAAUUCUUGUUAAAUGGGAUAACAGCUGCCACAUUAUAAUGUUCCUCUGAUUAACGCCAGAGUUCGAGUAGGCUUUAUUUUAUUUCUGGGUAAAUGCUUGGUAUACAGGGCAUAACAUACUGUAUAUUCCCACAUACGAUUUCCAUGAAUGUGUUUUAAAGGCAGACUUUGAUGUUUCUCUUGCCACACUACUAGGGGUGGGACAAAAUAUCGAAAUGGUGAUAUAUCGUGAUACUUUGUGUUCCAAAAGGUUAGCGGUAUGCUCCUGCCAAGAAUCUGUAUAUCGUUUUAAAAAGGUUUAAAAAACAAAACAAAACAAAACAAAAAAAACCAAGUCACUACCAAAAUCAUCCACCAGAAUUGUGUAUCUGUUUACUCAACGGCUGCCAUUGACGACAAUGGCCACGCAAUAAAUUAAGCCCGGGAGGGCCAAAUGAAUUCGAGAACAAUUCAUAUAUUCGGUUCAUUCAAAACCAGAACAUUCGCAGCUUGGCAUGUGCCGGUAUGAGAUUUUGACAGUAUGAGCAAAAAUACUGCGGUUUCACGGUAUCACGGUAUUGCAAUUAUAGCUCUAAAAUGUGUCAUUUUCAGAUGUACGGCUUUAAAAAAAAAAAUUCCACUGAACAGGAUUUAAAAAAUUUUCAUAACAUGUUUACAAAUUGGAACAUUGACAUGAAUAUAAUGUUAAAAUAGAUAAAUAAUAUAACAAAUAACUGAAAUAUUUUUAAUAAAAUAGAAAUAAAUAGACCUUAUAGACUAAACUCACAACUACAGCACAGUUGCUAAACAAAAGAACACAAAUAAUUAUUUUCCAUAAAAAGUACAAACACUUCUAAAUAAAAUAUAUGUAUAUCAGGGACUUCACUGACUUUAAAUCUCCAUCUCAACAUUUUGUCUACAUAUUUCUCUCUCAGUCCAAGUUAUGAUGCAGGAAUGUAUGUUCACCUUUUCUGGGUUAGUAUACUACUAUUAAUAUUAAUUUGUUAAAUAAUAAUGAAGCGAGUGUGUCGCCAGAGAAAAAACACCACAGGCUGUAUUAUGAAAAUUUUACUUUGAACAGAUGUUUACAAAUGGCAAAAGAAUUAGAAGUACCCUAGCGUGGAAGAUUUCAGCAAAAUUGGCUAACGGUAGAGAGGAACCCGGGUUAGCCGUCUUGGCAUGCUAACUAGCCACAUUAAAAGCCUCGUUAACAAGCUACUUACAUGACAUCACAGUAUUUGUUUUACUAUUGCUAGACACACUAAACACGCUGGAGAGAACUCUCGUAGCUGGUGGGAGAGGUAAAUGACAGCGUUUACUUACCUUAAAUUUGGUGUAAAGAGACGGAUGAUGGUCAUGUAAAUGUGAAAUCAAGUUUGAGGUGUUGCCCCCCCUUUGCAGCCACCCUCCACAAGCAAAUCUAAACUAGUGGGUCAACGCGCGUUUUUCCAAGCCGAUACAACCCACUAGCAAUUGGCAUUCGGCACCUAUCCCAUUGACAAAAAAAAGCCGUGUAUUAAUUUUUUUCACCCGUACACCCCCCCAAUCCUCCCAGGCAUGCGUAAGGUUACGUGACGUCACCACGCUAAGAUGCGCGUCGACACAAGUGCGACCGAAUUCAUUCAGUUCAAGGAAGUAAACAAUGCAGAGCAACAUGGAAGCCUCCUUUCUGUUUGUGUUCUCUGUUUUCAUGCUUUUUACUGCCCUCAAAAUGGUCGAAAUUGUUAUGACGCACCACGUAUGACACUGCAUGACGAUCAGAGCCGAGGUGAUUUUAACGCGGGCCGCUUGGCGGGUGGAUUGACACGGUUCGAGGCGGGUCGCUGCACCUUUUCCACUGCCACCAAUAGCCGAUUGUUAGUGGGUUGACAUGGGUUUUUUUGGCCAGUGGGAAAGGGGUAUUACAGAUAUUCUCCGGGUCACAUCCUUUUCUGGAACGCAAACGAAACAGGAAGUGACCCAUAAAUGCCCCAAAAUAAACAGGAAGUGACUGAAAAUCAACAGCAAAUGGCCUGAAAUCCCCCCAAAUUAAACUCAUUGGUUGCCGAAUGUUCAUUCGCUGCCACCCUCCCAACUCAAACGGGUUGGACGUCUACUAGUAAACUCAUUCCAAUUCACAGCCAAUGGAUGAAAAUAGCUAGUUUUUCUCUUUAGUAGUUGUUUUGUAGAAUAUCCUAGAAAAUUUCCUCACCAAUGUAUCGAUAAUCGUUGUAUUGCCAUAUGAUGAGAUCAUCGUUAUCGUGAGCUUUGUAUCGCAAAUCGUAUUGUAUCGUGAGGUACUAAGAGGUUCCUACCCCUACACACUAUGCCUUAUGAACAUUACUUUGCUGAAAUUACUGUGGCUUCUCCAAUGUAGCUGUUGGCCUCUUGGCAAUCCUCUCUAAGCUCUUUUGCUGUUGAAAUGUUGUGUUAUAUUUUCUCCGGUUGGUGAUGACUGUGCUCCAUGGUAUUUCUAAUGCCUCGGUCCCCUCGAUCGCCCCACCCUCCUUCUUUUAUUCCUUUGAACAAUGAGAUAUGAAUUGUGCUGCAAGAUGUGAGUACAAAAUUGUCAGGAAAAGAAUACCAGAAUACUUGAGCUUUAUUUGGCCGGAAACAGAGGCACUCUAAAUGGUGGCAAAUUUGUUCUGUCUCCUUUUGAAAAUCAGUUUUGGUUUGGUAGUGUUGAUUUUAACACUGCCGUUUUCCCAUUUACAAGAGCAUGUGCACAUUUUUAGAGCUGCAGCUAUCGAUUAUUUAAGUAAUCGAUUAUCAGCUAGUUAGUUUGAAUAAUCAAGUAAUCAGAUUGGGAACGUUUAAAGAGCAUACGACAGGAGAAAAAGUCUUAAAUAGCAUUAUUAUGUGAAUUAGAAUCAUAUUUUGAGACGAUUCGACUAUAUACAACAAUUUAGCAAAGCGCAGAUGACGAGAAAUUAGUCUUUUAAUCUGCCGGUUAGCCACGCCUACCAUUAUAGGGCUCUAGCAUCCCCAACACGUGGAUGACGUCAGCGGGAGACUGAGCUCAUCGGUUUUACUAUUCAGCCCAUUGAGGGGGAAUUAUUCAGAACGAGGAAAACGCAAUGAAGAGAGCCGCAAAAUGUCAUUGUUUCUGUCUCUUAACUUCAAUAUUUUUACAGGAUAUUCUUUUUAUCCCAAAAUUUUCCCCAAUUGCUAAAUAAAUGGCAUGGUCAUGACAAAUAAGUCUUUUGCUAAAUGGAAUAUGAAAUAAUAAAAAUGAACUUAUUCAGGACGACAUGGCAAAAUUACUCCAUAAUGGUCAAAACUGUCGACUUCACCUUUACUGUCGCACCUUCCGAACGAUAUUUUAUGGCACCUAAAUCGGACAUAUGUCAUUUCCCUUCCCCGGCUUCGGAGAAUGUAAGCAAACCAAGAGGCGUGACAGCUAGCCGACAUGAUAACCCGAACAGAGUGAUGUUUCAAAGUCUUUGAAGCGGAAAAUCACACAUAACUAGCCCGGAUUAUUUGACAUAACUCCUGGGUUGUUGAUUGUCUUCGCGGAUCGGCAAACUGCCCGGCGGAGAGCAAUUUACAGCUCGUUCCCCGGAGGAGGGAGGCUGCAGUUGUUGUGCAGCUAACGCGCAGCUAAUGUGCAUGAGGAGAGCUUUUUACAUCCCUAUCAAUGAUCAAACGUAACUAGUCCUUUAUUUAAAGAAAGUUUGUAGUGUUUACUUUGUAAUCGCUGUAUUCGUAUUUGACAUAAUACAAAACAAGAUGUUUACUCACUUCCUUGUAAGUCCAAUGGUCCCAGAGUAGUUGGGCUUGUUUUGGCCAAUAUCCACGGUGAAUGGGAACCUUUUGAAACUCCAAAAAGGCGCACGCGCCUCUCCCUCCUACAGCAAGAUUUUUCUGCAGCCGUUUGGCUGGCGUGAUGCAAAAAAUAAACGUAUUAAUCCGCAAAAUCAGCUGAAUCCUUAGUCCUCAUGCACAACAGUACGGCUGUAUAGUGAAGAGGACGCCUUCAUCCGUACACGACACAGCGCCCUCCUCCUCAAUGAAAGACCGAAGCCGGAAGGCACUCAUUUUCAUGGCGCGGGAUUCAAAAAACUAAAUAAAUAUAGUGAUCGCUUCCACACACAUUCAAGCGGUCCAUAUCAUUCAGGAGCAUAAAAUACCGUGUGUAUUAUGAAAUAAACAUGCUUUUUCGUGUCACAUGCACUUUAAUGUGUUGCAGGAUAAAUUUAGGAGAUGUAAAAGAAAGUCUCGCUAAGAUUCCAUUGUCAAAUAGCAUUAGAUGAGAAUAUAAUAUAAAAUUCCUGAGUGUUUCUUCAAACUAUGCAGGGUUGCACUUUCAUUUCAAAAGAGCAAUAAAUGUAUUUAAAAAUAAAUGCUUGAGCUUAGCCUCAAACGGUAUAAAAAAAAAAAAAAAGGAUUUAAGUACAACAAAAGAAGAAUUGGCUAACUUGCAUGGCAAAAGUCAGCUUGCUUAAAUGCUGUAAAAUGGUAAAGUUUUUUUUUUUUUUUAACAAUGCGCUUAACAAAUUGUUCAAACACAUUUCCACAAAAAUCUGCUGAAUACACUUAAACUAAAUUACGAAUGCAUAACAAAAACAUUAGCUCAAACAAAAACUUAUGUUAACAGGGAGCAAAUGGAUUUAGCCAUGUUACUAAAUGAGUUAUGUCAUAUUCACUGUUGCCACCGGAGGGCAGUGUAUCCACCCCAAUUUAUAAAAAUAAAUGCAAACACUUUCAAAACAAACAAUUACAACGUCACUCUAAACCAGUACUUCUCAAAUAGUGGGGCGCGCCCCCCUGGAGGGGCGCAGAGCAAUGCCAGGGGUGGCGCGCGUGACUUCGGGGAACAUAUUUGUUUUUUUUUUGCAGUACUAGAAUAAAGUGUACUUGCACAUCCACUAAGUGGGUGGCAGUAGCGCUCUCAUUUUCAAAGUGCGCGCAGUAUUUUUGAAGUAAGCAAGAGCACACGGAAGAGACUCAUGACGAGCUGGAGACUGAGAGGUGUGCGCCGUUAUCGAUGGCCGUUUUCUGGCCGGACUCACGCAGCGACCCACUGUCUUCUCCGGUUCUCACGUGUCCGCCCAAGAAGUGCCAUUUUCGGCUUGGGAUCGUCACAACGACCGCCCUCAUCUACGGUUCUCCCUCGGCCGCCGAGAAUGCGCUUUUUUCGAGCCAUUUGCCUUUUGGCUUUGACAUUUAAUACUGUAGUAGACGAGGAAAGACCACUGUUUACUACCUCUAAAAAUGAUUAUAGCGGACAGCUGGAAGCCAAAUCAAUUAAGACGCCACUUAAAGACAUUAGACCCCAAUCUCAUUGGUAAGCCGCUUGUUUGUUUUUUAGCGAAAACGUGCCGAAUAUUGCCAACAAUCGUCCCGCUUUGUCAGUGUUAUAUCAGUAAACCGGUGAGCAGCGUUAGCAUGCUCAGUGCAAUAUAACCAUACAUCAUUGCAAACUGGAGGUGAUACUGGGAGCAGCGAAAAUAAAAACUGUCCUGUCCAAAAACACUUUUUUUCUUCUUCUUCUAUUCAGUAUUGUUUUUUCGGUCAAUUUUUUGGGGCAUAUUGUCCUCAUGAGUUAAUGUUUCUAAUCAAUUUGAAUUUGUUAUUAUUUACUGAUUUUAUUUUUCAGUAUCAAAUGGUCAAAAUGUACCUUGAGUGUAUUUUUACAGUUUGGAUGUGUUUUUUUUAAUUCAGGCGAAUUGGUGCGCGUCAAGUCUUUUCUGUUACAAAUGAAACAAAGUUAAUAAAGUUAUAUUUUAUAAGUUGAUCUCUUAUUUUCGCUAAUAGAAAAAAGAAUACAAAUGUGAGGCAGAUGCGUACUUAUAAUAGUCAUAUUAUAGACAAAUGAUACUAUUUACAGUGGCGGCAGAGUUUGGGGGGGCGCGAAACAUUUACGUCUUCCUUGGGGGGGCGUAACAGAAAAUAAUUGAGAAGCACUGCUCUAAACGAAUCCUCGAAGCAACACAAUUUGAUUUGCUUUUUCUAAUCGAAUUACUUGAGUUAAUUGAUUAAUCGUUGCAGCGCUACACAUGUUGAAAUCACAUUAUCAGUUAUUUCCCUGUAUUUUGUAUCAUAAAAACAUUUUACCUAAGAUGUUUAAGCUUUUAUUAUUAACUUUAUAAUUGGGGGGAAAAGGCCAACUUAAUUUCACAUGUUUACAAUUACAUUUUAUAGCGAAACCGUUUAAGUCUUGCUGAAAAUAAGAUGAUGCAAAUUUGUCAACUUUUUAAGGUGACAAACAUGAACUGAUCAGUAUGCAGGUCACCACUGAUGCAGACUGCUCACUUAUCAGAGUACAAUCAAAUCUUCUAUAAAUGUUUAGUUUGACUGAGCAGCAUGGGUGAGAUGAGCAUACCAAAAGACAAUAGGAAAAAACAAUCGAGUAUGCUGCUUACCUUUUUGCUGCGUGAUAUUUAAUUAUUAAGAGAGUAACAUUAACUCUACUGUAGUGGAAAGGCAGCGCAUAAUGGUUCCAUUACCUGUUGUUUUCACCACACUUAAUACAGGUAAUUAUAUUAGUAGACGCUCACUGAGUGGGAGUUGCAUGAGAUUUGUUAAGUGGGAUGGUUGAUGCUCAUGGAUUUAUUGAGGGAACAAAUGAGGGCAGUUGAUGUUACAGACACAGAAGAAGAGGCAUUGAUGUAAAGGGUUGACUCUGAACAAUGAUGAACUAAACGGAAAAGAUUUGAUGUUAAUCGACGUAAAUGGUCUGUUUUUUUCUGAUUUAUUUAUUUUUUUGCCACCGUUCAGGGCUUAACUUUGGAGGUUCCACUGUUUUUGUUUUUGUUUUUUUGUUUUUAGACAAUGGGACCCACACAUAUAUCUUGUGAUGAUAAAUUGAAAAAAGGCUACAGUCAGGUCCAUUAAUAUUUUGGAUGGUAACAUAAUUCCCAUGUUUUUAGCUCCAAAUUAGACGAAAAAGAUGUACUUAAAAUGCAGACUUUCAUCUUAAAAUUGACGGCAUUUACAUAAAAGUUGGGAAUGGUGCAAUAAUUACAAUAAUUUGCAUAUGUGUCAUCCAUAUUUUAAGUAAUGAUGCAAUUGAAAAUGAUUAUUUACCUGUACGUUAACUAACACAGUCUUGAAUGCAUUGACUACUACUUUCCAGCAAUUCACAAGCUUCAAGAUUCAGGUCAGGUGAUUAAACUGUCAGUUGCAUAACAUUCCACUUCUUUGCCUUAAAAAUACUCUUUGGCUGCUUCCUCAGUUUGCUAAGGGUCAUUGUCCAUCUGUACUAUCAAGUGGUGUCCAAUGAGUUCUGAAGCAUAUGGAUGAAUACAGUAAAAGCAGAUUGUUUUGAUUUUCCAAAACACUUCAAGACUUGAGUCUGCUGCUUUUGUCAGUAUUCACAUCAGAAUGAAUACAAAUGAACAAAGUUCUAUGGGGCAGCCACGAAUUACCACGUGCACUGAAAAAAAUGUCAUUUUAAAAAAAUGAGUUGUAUUUUUAAACAAGUAAUUUUUUGCUAAUAACCAUAGGAUGAGUUUGAGGGGAGGCAGGCGGGGCUGUGCCCCCCCUGGAGGCAGAAAAAUGUCUUUGCAUGUACAGUAAUUGACUUUCCUUUUAUAUCAGUGGUCCCCAACCUUUAUUUGCACCACAGCAAUGUGUGGCAGAAAAUGACAGUAAAUAUAAAAUAACACGUCACGGCUAAAAAUGAAUAUCAAGUGCACGGAAAAUGUCACUCACCAUACACUGAAUCAACUUUUUUUAACAGCGGCCUCUCCUAGAACUUGUUGGCAAAUAUCCCCGGUUGCAAGCAUAAUGAGUUUUUCUCCAAUCAUGAAAGAAAUCUUAGCAAUACGGUUCGCCAUGAGGUAUGAUGAUCUGAGCGCAUUCAGUUUUGUUGCAUCGUUUGCUAGCUUUUAGCCACAUAUUAUGCAGAUUGGACUUGGUUGUAGUCUCCUCUUCUGGCUCAGCAGGCGGCCUUUUCCCCGUAAAAAAAGCUGUCCAAAGACGUCGCAGCACGCAGCCGACAGCAGCUAAAGUUACUGUUUACAUUGACAGGCGCUGGGCUGCAAUAGGUGUGCAAACACCCUCGUAAUUGCGGCCAACCACUAGAUGCGACCUAUACAAAUCUUUACUCGGAUUAAUCUGUAGAGUAGCUAGGUAUAUUGAUGUGUCAAUAGCCACAGGACAGAUUGCAGUUGUUAAUAAACUAUUUAUUUCUCUGCAUCCCGGUAGCAAAUGCGCCACAGACUGGUACCGGUUCGUGGCACAUAAUAAUAAAUGAAUAAAUACCUAGCUGGUAAAAUGUUGUCUAUAAAAGUUGUAAAGCAAUAAAACAACAAAAAUAAAUGAACAAAAAUCCUACAAAGUAUUUCAUAAUGGGUUCAAAUUAUUUUUCAAACGGAUCAUGUGACUAGCACCUUAGACUUGGUUCUUUGCUCUUCUUAGCCAAAACCAAACCUGAGGAGGCAAGAUGGAUAUUCAGAAUUUCUUUAAAAGCUUCAACAACAACUGAGCUUGAGCCGAGGUUUGAACACGAACGGUGUCAGGAUGUAUAUAUAUAUAUAUAUACACACACAGGGGUGCACAUAAUUUUUUUGCCCAGGUUCUCAGAGGAGGACCUGGAGAUGUGACUUGGUCCUCAUUGAGCUUGAGAGCCGACCCGCCUGAUGCGAUAAAUUUAUGACAAGCUUUACUUAGAGCCAAUUAACUUUAAUUAAUUAUAUUAACAAUUAAUGCUUGAUUAACAUCAACUGGCACAACAAAAUUGCCAUUACUUUGAAGUGACAUGUAAAGAAAUAAAAAGCACCAAUUCAAAAUAAAGGGCAUUAUGCGGCUCCCACAUUAACUCCAACCCUUUUUAAAAGUGGGAUGUCCUCCUCAUAAGACCUUAUUGAACGUGCAUGUUUAGCUUUGUAAAAUGCGAGCAAAAACACGUUUGUCAGUGCAUGUCGCUGUUCAUUACCUUUAUUCCGCCACUUGUCCAUAGGGCGAGCGGGGUCCUGUUUGACAUCGAUAGUUUGCUUAAUUGCCACAUGCUCUCUGUUUUUUUCGUGCUUUGGAUGGCUGAAAUUCUUUGACCCUACAUAAAAUGCGCUGCUCUUAUCGGCGACAUUGGAAUUCUCACAGCACAUUUUGUACCGCAUUUCCGUGCGAGCAUCAUUUGCUACUAGCCAUGGUACCUCCUACUUUUCAGCAAAAGUCCUUUUUUUUGGUAGCUCCGGUGACGUCUCUGUCGUCUGUCUGUCUUUUGACGGGGGUGGGGGAACACGGAAAUAAUUACUCAGUGUGGCCUGCCUCUUUGACAUUUUGAGAAGUUAUUUUCUCGUGUCCGCCGCAAAUACGGUGGUCAGCCAUCGGUACGCAAAAGCGUAUGGAAGUCGUUGAGGGCCAGCGCGUUUGUCUACGUCCGGUACGCAUGCGCGCAUGCGUACCACUUAUGUGCACCCCUGUAUAUAAUAGACACACACAGACAAAUAUCUUGUAAGUUAAUUUCAUUGCUGAGGUCAUCAAAAUGUUAUGCCCUCCCCUCCCACAAAAGUCAAAUUCUGCCUGUGCUAAUAACAAGUUUAAAAAAAGUCUAAUGGAACAAGUAAGAAUUGCCUCAAAAUAAGACUUCAUACUGUAUCUCACUGAAAUUGUUACUCUAAGAGGUUAUUCAAGGCUCAAGGCUUAACAAGGACGUCCAUCCAGCCAGGGGUCCGAAUAGUCAGGAGGCUGCGGCUGAAAAAUAGCCCCUCCCCUGAGGGGAGGGGGGAAAGGGGACACCGGGUGACUAGUGAUGAAGAGACUAGUCAACUAGAUAUUAAAACUAGAAAAGAGAAAUAAGGUAAGACAAGUGGUAGGUAGAGUGAGAAAAAGCAUAUUCUUGGUAAGAUUUAAUUUGUUUGCAUUGUGGCAUCAAAAUAGCUAAACUGCCAAUUACCCCAUUUCAUUUGGUCACUAAAAAGUGUGAGGCACAUACAAAUUAUCGUCGUUGCUCGACCCUUCCUCAUUAAUCUGAUUUGGAUGUACAUUGAUAUGGAAAGUCUGUAGUAAAAGGGACUGUACAGGAUUUUUAGAGUUGAUUUAAAAUACUUUUAAAUUCCAUGCAUGCGCCACCAAUGCCCGGCUGAGUACAUAGAGACCUGAGAUUUUAACUGAGAAUGCGCCAAAAAGCCGUUUUUCUUCCUUUUAAUCGAGAGGGGUUUUGGUUGACCACUCCAGGCAAACGCGCUUUGUGUGUCCUUGCAGCAGUGCACUGUUUAACACUCACAUUCAAAGACACACACAAAAACACUUUUCUAAUCCACUUAAGACUUGCAACUAAAUGUUUUUAUAUUUCUGGUGCUGAUUUGAUGGGCAAACAUUCAUUGCUUUAUGUUCGUUCUCGUACAAGCAUACGUGCCAUGCAUGCACUGCAGUUACGCUUUAAUGCUGAUUUAUGCUUCCCCAGGCCCAAUUUAGGACCCCACGCCAUAGCCUGACGUGCGCCUCCAAAAAAUCCUGACUACACGUCAUGUCAGCGUGUUGUGACGUGAACGUCAAAGGACUGUGAUUGGUCCGCUCAGAACGUUGUUUCUGGUUCAGCACAACAACAACGCCAUUUUCAAACAUUCGCAAAUGUCUUCUAUGUCGCCUACGCUUCAACUUUUGUAUUAACAGCAUUUGUUGUUCAAUAUUGUUUAGCUGCAGCUGCAAUUACUCACGUUCCAUCUCUGUUUUCAUUGCUUUGACCGGAGGAAAACUACAGGAAUUCAACAAGUCCCCCAAAACUGUACAAAGACAAAGCCCCACCCCUAUAGUGGCUUGGCGUUGAGUUACAGAGCAACGCAGACCCUUGACCCAGAACUUCGAAUUCUAAAUGACGACGUAGGGUCUACUCAGUUUCUCCGCCGUCACUGCAACGCAGGAGCAUAAUUCAGCCUUUAGGCUUGACAUGGCAGUCGUGGGUAAAAAAAGUGACAAAUUCCAUAUACUGUAGUUCCUUUUAAAGCACAUCUUUUUCUUUAUUAUUUCAAAACCAAUAAUGAGUGUGUUUAAAACCAAAUGCAGAUGAGAAUUUCACCCGAAUAUUUAUGGACCUGGGUGUAUGUCACUACACAAACCGUCAGGUUUGUGAUCUCCAAGUUUCAAUGACUUUAGCUAGAAAUUGUGCAACACACACUGAAACUUGGAAUAUGCAGCAUUGCGGCAUUUGAAAAUGCGACAUCUUUCCCUUAUGUAUGAAGAUUUAGUCAGGGCAUGCUGUAGAUAGGAGCCCCACCCCCCAACUAAUUCCAAUGCAUGUUUAUUCAUAUUCAAUUCUAUUAAUACACUGUGGUAGUUUCAGCUACUUCUUAUACAUUCCCAUCACAAAAGCCUUAAAAAUUCCAAAUCAGAAGUGUUUUUUUGUUCGUUUUUUAAUAGCCAAUUCGUUUCAUUUGGGACCGUUGUACAUUUUUUAUUUGAAUGAUGUUUACAUCUGCAAUAAGUGAGGUUUUGUCAAACUUUAUGUGAACUAGUAGUCUGUAGAGCUGUGAACUUCAUAUUAUCUAACAACGUGGUUGUUGUGUCAAUCUAAACUCUUAUAUCAUUAUAUACACCUUUCAGCCUUCAUUUUAUUUUCCAUGAUUGUAUUAUUUGUUUUUCAAAUUGUCAUUUUCAGCGCCAUAGACUGGGACAGGUUUCCCAUAUUUAUGAUUGGUAGUCAGUUUUAAGUGUUAAUGUCCAUUACAUUGUUGCCUUCAUAUACAAGUUAAUUUCUAAACACUUGCACAAAUCAACACUCUUAGCUAAAAUAAAAUGUCAUUAAUCAAUUUAAGCCUUCCAACAAAGACAAAAAUUAAAGUGUAACAGGUCUUUAAAUCUGGAAAAUAGCAAGCUACAAUAUUGUACUUUUAUAAGAGUACAAGGUUCUGAUAACAAUCGAAUUUAAUAUAUUUUUGCUUCAAUUUACGUGGUAAUCCUUCUGGACAUCUUGGCGCAGUAUACUCGAGCUGUAUGUAUUAAGCCUUAAAAAACUAAAUCUGGACACUAGACAGUCUUUGAAAUGACCACACUGCUUUGCAUUGGUUCAAUCUUUGAUACAUAGUUUAUGGAUAUAAUGCUGUUUCUAGUUACAGCUUAGCUUUAUAUUAGCUUUGGCAGUUUUUAGUCUUUUUAAGUAAAUCUUUGACAAAAUGACUGGUCAAAUAACUCUUGGUUUUUCCACUCAAUCAAGGCUGUUUACUUACAUUACUUAACAGCAGGGGUCUCAGAUUCAACUCAGCCAGGGGCCAUUGGAGAUUGGGCCAGAUCAAGUAUUCCACAUAAAGUUUUCCAAGUAUUACAAAAAAAGUACAAGUGAUCCAGUCUUCUUCAUCUUUAUGAAUAACAGACUUAAAACACGAACAGUUCCUCAAAACAUUGGUGACCUUUUUAAAUUAGGCAUAUACUGUACAACCCAAGACUAUACCUACUUAAUUUCAUCGUGAUUGUCAAAGAUUAACGGAGGAAUAGAUAAAAAAAAAAAAAAAAAUUGUGCACACAACCACAAAAGUGGCAACUUGACAGGCCUUCAGCCUGUAAUACAAAUAUAACCAGGCUGUCAAGCAGGGGACUGCAAAAUGUUGUUCCGAGGGCUUCAAGUUUGAGACCCCUGCUUUAUGUAGAAAUAAGGAAAUCAUGUUGUCAUUUUUUUUUUUUUUCCCAAUGGGAGUGCUUGCUCAAACAAACCCGGCAUGUUCUUUUAAUAAUUGUAUCCUAACUUGCUUUUCACUAGCUGACAAUAACCUAGAUUGUAAAUUUUCUUUGGAAAAUAUCUCUUCCUUAUGGUUUAUUUUGGAAGUGGUCAAUUGUGCUGUUGAUUGCUUAGUUAACAGGGGUGGCCAACCCUGGUCCUCGAGAGCCACAAUCCAGCUUGUUUUCCAUGUCUCCCUCCUCCAACACACCUGAAUCAAAUUAUCAGCUGCUCAUUUGAUUCAAACAAGCUGGAUUGCGACUCUCGAGGACCAGGGUUAGCCACCCGCGGCUUAGUAGGUAGCUAAAGCUGGGUGACAAGAUGGCAGUCGCACAUCAAUGACCUGGAUUCCAAUCUACAGUACUUUAUCUACCGAUUAGAGUUGUCCGUUGAUAACUUUUUAACCGAUAACCAAUAUCACGAUAUUGUUCAAUCCCAAAAAUCCGAUCCCGAUAUCAAACCAAUACCGAUAUACGCGGUAGUGGACUAAGGAUAUAAUGGCUAAUUGAAUUGUGAUGCCCCACUAGAUGCUUUAAAAAUGUUAAAUGUAACUUCAAGGUUGUCCUAAUAAACUUUCUGUGAAAAAUAAGAGAACAACUUCAACAGAAGUUAUAGAAGAAGUGCCUAUAUUGUACCACUAUAUUUAUUGUUGAAAUCAAAAUAGUGCAAACUGAAGUUGUUUUUUUGGGAUCAAGUGCAAAGUGCCAAUAAGGUACUGAUUCUGUCCUUAAUAUGUGUUUGGGUACUAGGCAUGUGCUGGUGUGAGAUUUUGACGGUAUGAUAACCUUAAGCAAAAAUACCACCGUUUCAUGGUAUUGCAAUUAUAGCUCUAAAAUGUGUUAGUUUGUGACAUAUGGGUUAAAAAAAUCCAUUGAACGGAUUUUUUUCGCAACAUUUUUGCAAAUUGGAACAACAUUAGUAUGUUAAAAUAAUUAAAUGAAAUAAUAAAAAAAAUAACUGAAAAAUUUUAAAUAAAACUGAAAUAAAUACAACUUACAGACUAAACCUACCUAGUUGCUAAACAUUACAAUAAAAAUAAUUAUUUUCCAUAAAAAAGUAAAAACACUUCUGAAUAAAAUUUAAAAUAUAAAUACUGUAUAUUGCAAGCACUUCACUGACUGUAAUGCUCCAUCUCAACAUUUUAAAGACUUGCUCAUUUUCUACAUAUUUCUCUUUCCAUCAAAGUCAUGAUGCAGGAAUGUGAGUAUGUUUACCUUGUCUGGGUUAAUUAUACCACUACUACUAUUAAUAUGUUGAAUAUUAAUGGAGAGGGAGAGUAAGAGACAGCGCGCGUGAGUAUGACUCGUAUCAUUAUUUACACAUUAAACACACACGCACACCCUCUCAACACAGAAAGUCGCCAGAGAAAACACCACACAGGCUGUAUUAUGAAAAUGUUACUUUGAACGAAUGUUUACAAUGGCGGGAGACUUUACAAAAGUAUCAUCAUAGUGAGUAAACAAGUUAGCGGUCUUUGCAUGCUAAUGCCACGUUACUAGCCUCGUUAACAAGCUUACGUUAUAGUAUUUGUUUUACCAACGCUAGACACACGAAACACGCUGGAGUGAACUCACAGAGCUGGUGUGAAAUGUUCAUGACAGAGUUUACUUAAAUCUUGUGUAAAGUGACGGAUGAUGGUCACGUAAAUGUGAAAUCAUGUUGGAGGUGUUGCCUGCACGCUGGCUGUCCUUCCUCCUCUAAGCCACGGCCGUCUGUUUUUUUUCCGUAGCCGAAAUACUAAUACCUAAUACUAAUACCACACACGCGACUGUUUUUUGAGGGGGGGGGGGGGGCGCUCACGUGUAGUUUUGACAGCGACAGCAGUGUCACCGACACACAGGAAAGAGCAACAACUGGAGGGGAGGGGUGAGCGCUGCCGCUCCAAGUCAUUUCUCGCUGCAUUUUUGGGACAUAAAAAAUAGCUAAUACCGUACUACAGUAUGACGGAAAAUUUUUGUAGUUUUGAAACCGUAACGUUUUCAUACCAUGGUAAAUCUUGAAACCGGUAACCGGCACAUGCCUAUUGGGUACACAAAUCAAUAGAUAACAAAUCCGGCUCUAAAUAGAAGUCAGACGUUGGAGUAAAUUUGAAUUGGCUUUGCUGUAGUCAUCUUUCUCUUAACAAGAGCGCUGAUACUUUUUUGUCAAACUAAAAACAACAAAACAUAGUGUCAAUAAUAUGCAAUAGUCACAAAUAAAGCAAAGUAUACACCAGGUUUCAAUUAUCAACUAUUAGUACAGUUUGCAAGCAAUAAAAUGAUGGCACCACGUUUUACCAUAAAUGCAAACAAAACGAAAUAUAUACUAGUACAUCUCCAAUAUACUACACAACGCUCAUGGAUAUAAAACAAAGGAAGAACAUAAUUUAUAAGCCACAGAGGUGAGAUGAUAACAACUGCUAUAUGGUACAAUGACUUCAGGCGUUAGCUCGUCCAUUUAGCUCUCUCUAAUCGCAAUGAGCUUGCCUCGACAUAUGCUGACGUCAGCAGAAAGGGCUGUAACGAUUCAAAACCAAUUACACCUAGUGCCAGCAGGGCGCGUCAAAACGCCAUAAACACGGGGCAGGCAAUAAGUGGCCAUUACAGCACUGUGAUAUGCAUAUUAGCCCCAGAAAAAGAAAAAACGAUGUCGAUAUUAUCCGAUAUCAUUUUAAAAUACUUUUAUCGCUCUGAUGAUAUUGGACAACUCUAGUACUGAUAUACAUUGAGCUAGGCAAACUAACUAGAAGGGGCCACAAUAAUAUUCAAAUUACUCCGUCAUUCUUCACAGAGGAUCGUGAUAGUUGCAAUAUUAUCUGUCAGUAUGUGUUGAGCCAUCAUUUUUAUUCAAAUACCAGUUGUUCAAAGGGUUCACGACACCACAAUGCCAAGCUAUUUGUUAGCACGUCAAGAUGUCUGCACUAUCGGCAUUAGGCAGAACAGAUGAAACCAAUGUGGCUGUUUUAAAUGCUAGGCUGUUUGUUUUAUUUUUAGUUAGACAGUGAACUGGUAGUGGCAAUAAACAGCUUUUUCACUUCAACAUUCAUCAUGCAGCUCAAAUCUCAAUUUGAAAAAAAUGUCACAAAGCCAAGUUUGUAAAGUAUCUCUAAAAAUACAGGAAGGUUGUUAUUUGGCGCGUGAGCUAAAACUAUUUGUGGAAACUCUUCACUUGGUCAUUAUUGCUUGAAAAAGUUUUGGCCUCGUGAAAUAAUCUUUUCAAAAUGUCACCCAUCACUGAUGUAUUCACAACAUUGCAACUUCACCACGACCCAAACACCAACAGCUCCCAUAAUCCGAAGACUAAGUGAAUUAACAGUUGAAGCGCACUCAUGCGAUCUCAUAAAGCAGCUCUGUCGAUGACAGCUGACGCCAUCAAAGCGUGUCACUUCACAGUCACAGUCUUGCGUGUUGUUUAUGCUUCAGACAUCCGACACCCUGAGGCCCCCGGAGUCACAAUGGCUUCUGCCUGAGUUAUCUGAAGGGCAAGAUAACAACUCUCCUCAAACUUAAUUUAUCAAAAGGGUUGCCAAACCAAAGGGCUUGCUUUGUUUACCGUUUAAGCAUGAAAUUAUAUUAUCCAGAAAUCCAUCGAGUUUUCUCACUGUGCCUUUCAUGAGGACACUGGGGAGGUGAAACAUCCAACGCUCUUAGAAAAUGAAUGUAAAGGUAACAGUUUGACAGUUGGGGAUUCAUUCAUGUUCGGCAUUAUUCCACUCUCAUGCCUUUACUGUUGAUCUUCGAAGCAGAUUUACUGAGUGGCUUGGAGACUUGAGCGUCUGUCAGCACUGUAAAAGCUCAUCUGAUCCUCGUCAGUUUGUCUUGUGUUUGUGGAAGUGUAAACAAGAAAGGAUAAACACUAAAGAUGUGCUCUGCUCGCUUAUUUGGACUGCAGUUGGCUAACAACUAGUAUAGACUCUGGAUGGGGGGGGGGGGAUUUCAAGAAAGCAGGUUCUGAGUUGACAACAAUGAAGUACGCAUAUGUCUAGGGAUGUCCCGAUCGCAUAUUUUAGCACUCGAGUCAAGAGUCCUUGUCACCUGAUUUUGAGAAUCUGCUGAUACCGAUACUGAGAAAAAGUCAUUUUUAAAAAUUUAUAUGAAGUUACAUGUAAUAUGUUACAGUACUCAUUCAUUCAUUUUCCGAGCAGCUUAUCCUCACUAGGGUGUUUACAGUAAUUCCUCAUCCGUUUCAUCCGGGAGCGUUGCAGGGUAUAAAAUGUAUAUAUUUUUGUUUCUUUUGUCAAUGCUAUUGUAUUUCUGAAUUAUUUUGUAACUUUUAACCCCCCCUCCCAAAAUAAAAAAAUAACCCUUUAUCCUUAUUAAUAUCCUUUUCGCCCGAUUAGAUCCUCUGAAAAAUGGCGCGAUCGGCCUGAUUUCCGAUUACAUGAUCAGAUCGGGAACAUCCCUACAUAUACAGUGCUGGCGAAAAGUAUUGGCACCCCUGCAAUUCUGUCAGAUAAUGCUCAAUUUCUCCCAGAAAAUGAUUGCAAUUACAAAUGUUUUGGUUGUAAUAUCUUCAUUUAUUUUGCUUGUAAUGAAGAAACACAAAAGAGAAUGUGAAGAAAAAAAUUGAAUCAUUAUCAUUUUACACCAAACUCCAAAAAUGGGCCGGACAAAAGUAUUGGCACCCUUUGAAAAAUGUGAAGCGUCCCUAAUUUGUGUAAUUAACAGCACCUGUUGGCAAAAUGGCGACAUAACAUUUGACAUUUAAAAUAAGCAAUUGCCCGAUUCACGGUGUAUCUCGCCUACUGCCCAUGGUUAGCUGGGAUAGGCUCUAGCACCCUCCCGACCCUUUUGAGGAUAGGCGGCUCGGACGUUGAAUAAAUAAAAAUUUUUGUCAUAUGUACAAUUUUUUUUUUUUUUUUUUUGUUAUAACAAACUUACUGGCAAUAAAUCACACGGGGGGACACGACACCAAUAACAUGAAAAUGACUAUUACAAUUCUUUUCACAAAUAACAAAUUUACUGGCAAUAAAUCACAUAAGGGGGCACGACACCAAUAACAUGAAAAUUACUAUUACAAUUCUUUUCAUUUUGAGAACAGUUUUUAAAACCUUAUUAAACCAUUUACGGGUAUAUCACUCGAAAUCCCAGGAAUACAAUGUUAUGAAAUAAUUUGACAAGGUGUUUUUUUUUUUUUAUUUACAAGUGGAACCAAAUCACUGACAAAUACUGAAUCCAUAUUUCGAAAAUGUGCUACAUUAAGGCCCAAAAAAUGAUUCUCUUGAUAAUUUAAAUGCUAUGGCUGCCACUGCUGGUUUAAAUGACAGAUGGUACCAGUCUGAGCAACAGUGUCCAUAAUUAUUUUUAAAUCAUCAAUUGUUAGUUAAAGGAACAUCAAUAACUUUGAAUUGUAUUGAAUUUAUUUCUCUCACAUCAACACAAAACAUUAGCAGUUUUU